AUGGAACUCUACACUUUCUGUCUUUUCUUGAUUCUUUUGUUUCAAAUCUUAUCACGAAAUGAGAUUUUCUUUGUUUCCUCUAGAUGUCUUGAUGAUCAAAAGUCAUUGUUGCUGCAAUUGAAAGGCAGCCUCCAAUAUGAUUCUAGUUUUUCAACCAAGUUGACGCGUUGGAACGACAACACAAGUGAAUGUUGUGAUUGGGAUGGGGUGAAAUGUGAUCUCUAUGGUCAUGUGAUUGCCUUGGAACUAGAUAAUGAGUUGAUUUCUAGUGGAGUUGAGAAUUCAAGUGCUCUUUUAAGUUUUGAGUAUCUUGAGAAGCUAAAUUUGGCUUACAACAGGUUCGACGUUGGUAUAUACAAUUUAGUCAACUUGAAGUACCUGAAUUUAUCAAAUGCUGGUUUUUUGGGGCAAAUUCCUAUGACGUUAUCAAGAUUAACCAGGCUAGUUACUCUUGAUCUCUCAACUCUUCUCCAGCCACUUAAAUUUGAGAGUCUUGAUUUUAUUGAGAACUUGACAGAACUUAGAGAGCUUUACCUUGAUGGUGUUGGCCUUUCAGCUCAGAGGAACGAGUUGACGGCCUUGAGCUUGCGUGGUUGUCGAGUUUCAGGCCCUAUUGAUGAUUCACUUUCCAACCUUCGAUUUCUUUCAGUCAUCUAUCUAGACCAGAAAUGUGUGAUUUUAAUCUCUAAUUUGAUGACUCUUUAA